AUGCAGAGCGUGCUGCCCAAGGUGCAAGCACUUGGAUAUGAUGGACCAUUGCUGUGGGAUGAUGUGACGUCAUUGACGGCAUCCGAGGCAAAGCAAGAAGUGCUCAAGAUGGUCGGCACAGUCGUGGCCCACUACGAGGACUCGUGGGCGUGGGAUGCCCCGCUUGACAUGCACAAGGUCGUCGACAUGGUCAACACUCUCCUUGACAAGGUUGAGUCUCAUCGUGGUGGUGGCUACAUCUCAAAGCAGGCAAACAAGGCUCGCGCCAGGGAAGCCCGUCUCUCCAUCUCCCGACUCGACGCAUCGCGCCGCGAGUCGCUCAAUGCCUCCACCGCCCGUCGUGACUCGUUCAACGCCUCGCGUCGCAUCUCCUUUGGAGGCGACGGCGACGGCGAUCGUGAUCGCUCGCGCUCGCGCUCGCGCUCGCGCUCUCGUUCUCACUCGCGUCAUGGCCGCCGCUCGCUCGGGGGUGCCUCGGCCGGCAUGGCCACAGGCGCUACCAGGGCCAAGGUCGCCCGCCGCAAGUCGAUGCUCGCUUCGGGUGCUUCUCGCAUCCGCCGCAAGUCGCUCGGCGUCAACUCGCUCGCCCGCGACAACUCGUCCGCCUCCACCCCGUACGGCAAGGAGAACGCAGCCAAGUACAACUACGCCGAAGACGGGCCCGACUCGGGCUUCAAGCCGCACCGUGCCCUCGCCCGCACUCCGGCCAAGCGCAGCUCGGCCCGCAAGCCGCUCCGCGAUACCACUCAGCAGCCGAGCCUCGACUGGGAGCCUGAGCCCAUCGAGCUCUCCAAGUCAUUCGCGGCCUCGCUCCGCGCAUCUGGCCACGCCCUCGAUUCUCCGCCCGCGCCCGCCCCUGCCCCUGCCCCUGCCCCUGCCCCUGCCCCUGCCCCUGCCCCGGCUCCGAGCUCAACCUCAACGUCAGCACACGUUUCUAUGCUCGCACCUGCACCUGCACCCGCACCCGCAUUGACUCUGGCCCAGGCCCCAGUCCCGGCGGCCACCGACUUUGACCUUGAUCUCUCCAUCGAUCCAUUCAAGCCAAGGCGCAACCUCCCGUCGUCACCAGCCCCGGCCCCGGCCGCGGCCCCAGCACCAGCCCCAGCCCCGGCCCCAGCUCCGGCUCCGGCCCCUGCUCUCGUCGACUUUGACAUCGAUCCUUCCGUCGACCCGUUCAAGCCCACUCGCACUCUUCCGGCAUCGCCGCCUGCGGUCGCGGCCACGGUUGCAGCUCCGGAUCCGACGGAGGUGUUCAAGCCGUCGCGAACGCUGCCGCGGUCGCCGCCGCCUGCCGAGGCCUUCCAGCCAUCACGGACGCUGCCGCGCUCCCCAGCCAUCCGGUCGCCCGCUGCGCCAAGCUUGUCAGCAGCCGCACCUGACUCGUCGCUCCGUGCUUCACUUAAGGGCUCGCUCGCCGGGUCGAUCCGAGGCCACGACUCGCCAGUCAACAAGGUCAUGCACUUUUCGCCCUCGCCCUCGCCACUCUCUGACAACGUUUACGCCUCGUCGUCGACAGUUGCUAGCCUGGGCGAAGCCGAUCUGUUGACAGUCGACCCGGCUCCGACUCUGGCCUCGGUGGCUGCCCCAGCCCCAGUGGUCGCCCCGGCCCCGGUGGCCGCCCGCGCGCCGUCUCCAGCGCCCGAGCUGCCCGCCGACGCCCUUUCCAUGGCAGACCUCUCGGUCGAUCACGUGGCCGCCGAGGCUCGGGCCGACGUCGACGAGCUGCUCAAGAUCCGGUACGUGCAGCAGUACAAGGAGAUGCACGCCACGCUGGCUGAUGUCGAGGCCCAGCUGACGGCCAAGAUCCUUGAGACAAAGAAGCUGUCGGAUGCAGUGGCUGCUGCGCGCAACGCAGCCGAUGCGCCUCUGGCCUCUGCGGCCGACCGCGCAGCCGUCGCGGCGGCGGCGGCGCAGCUGGGCAUUCCCGGUGCGGCUUCGGCGUCGCCGGGGAGUCUCAAGACUGAGCUCCACGCACUUUCACGCGAGCUCAAGACUCAGCUUGUUACCUUUGUCUCCAAGCUCAAUGCCGAGAAGCGGAGCGUCGACGCAGACCGGUCGGUCCUCGAUGCUGAGAUUGCGGCGCUGGAGAAGGCGCACGUGGCACACUCGGCGACACUGGCGAGCACCUCGGACUCUGUGGCUCAGCUCAAGGCCCAUUACGACGCGCGCCUUGCGGCGCUCGCUGACAACAACGUCGACGCCCAGCUUGUGCAGCGCGUCCACGAUCUCCGCGCCCAGCUCUCUGCCUGGCGCUCAAAGGCUGCCGCGCUCGAGACCCACAUUGCCCAGCGCGACGCGGUUGAGGCCAAGGCGGCCAUCGCCCUCAGCCUCGCGCCGACCGCCCGUCAGGAGCGCCGCCUCAAGCGGACGUUUAAGCGCGUCGAGCUCUACAUCGAGCGGUUCAACACGCUUGUCAGCGCACAGUCGAGCCUCCGCUCGCUGAUGACCCGCACCUACGACGACAUGUAGUAGCUACGCCACCCUUUUAGUUUAACGGUACGGAAUGGACAGAUUUGUCCAUCGCGCGAGAACAGCCAGAUCGUCGCCCACGUUGCACACAAGGGCGUCGCCAGAACAAGCGGCGGGCGGCAGGACCCACGUGCAAGCCACGC